GCUGUGGCGGCGGGCGCGGGCCCGGCUGAGGGCGGGCGGUCCAAGAUGGCGCAGACCGUGAGCGUUGGGGAACUGGGGCUGCCCCAACUGGAGCUGCUCAAGGGGCAGCUGGAGCAGGAGGUGGAGUUCCUGUCCUCGUCCCUGGCCCAGCUCAAGGUGGUGCAGACCAAGUUCGUGGAGGCCAAGGAGUGCCUGAACGUCCUGCACAAAGGCAACGAGGGGAAGGAUCUCCUGGUGCCUCUCACCAGCUCCAUGUACGUGCCCGGCAAGCUCCAGGACGUGCGGACGGUGCUGGUGGACGUCGGCACCGGUUACUACGUGGAGAAGUCUGCCGAGGACGCUCGGGCGUUUUUCAAGCGGAAGAUCGAGUUCCUGACGCGGCAGAUGGAGAAGAUCCAGCCGGCCCUGCAGGAGAAGCACGCCAUGAAACAGGCCGUGCUGGAGAUGAUGACGCAGAAGCUGCAGCAGCUGACGGCGGCCCAGGGGGUCCCGGGGGGGGCCAAGGCGUAGCCCCCCACCCCAAAAUCCUGGGCUGGGGAUUUGGGGGUGCAGCCCCCCCCCCACUGCACCCCAAAUCCCGGCUCUGCAGCCCCCCCCUCACCCCAAAUCCCGACCCCGUUGUUUUGUACCGGUCCCUGCAAUAAAGGAGACGGCUCUGA